AUGGAGAUAAGCUGUGAAGACCUGGGAAAAGGUCCAGAGUUUCCAAGAGGGGCAGCACCACAAAAUGUUAACCAGCAAACCCAGGAGCGGCCGCCACAGCAGAGGGUGAGCCAAUCUGAAGAAUUCCUGAAGGACCUCCAGCCUCCAAAGCUGAUUCUGGAGAAUCCAGGAUUGACAGCGCCCAUACUGUCGGAAGAUGAUCCUGAAAGGUUCCUGGUCUCCUUUGAGAAAGUUGCCGAAGCUUGUCAAUGGCCGAGAGAAGAGUGGGCAGCCCGGCUUGUGCCGGCCCUUGGCGGAGAAGCAGCAAGAGCCUUUAGAAAGCUGGCUGCUGGCGACAGAGAGGACUAUGGGAAAGUGAAGGCUGCCAUCUUGCAAGGGGAUGCAAUCAAAAUGGAGGUCCAGCGCCAGUGCUUCAGGCAGUUCCGCUUCCAGGAGGUGGAAGACCCGCAGAGGGCAUAUGGCCAGCUCCGUGAGCUUUGUCGUCAGUGGUUGAAGCCAGAGAAACACACCAAGGAGCAGAUCCUGGAUCUGGUGGUCCUGGAGCAGUUCCUGGCCAUCCUGCCCCAGGAAACCCAGAAGAGGAUGGAGAAAUGUAGCCCAAAAGCCUGCGCCCAGGCAGUGGCCCUGGCAGAAGACCUCCUGAGGAACCAUCAAGAGGCCAAGAUGUGGAGACUGGAGGAGCCGUUGCAGAAGAUGACCCAGAGUUUCUUGAGAGCAGAGGAGAUGGCGGCCCACUCCACCGAGAGAGAGAUCUGCAAGGAAGCAAAGCAGCAGGGUGAUGGUGGUGCCACGCUUCUAUCCAGCAGAACACCAUCCCCAAGUGUCUCUGCUCCCUUGCAUUGCCCUGGUGGAUCAGAGCUGGCAGAAGGUGUCUUGGAUGAGUUUCAGGGGACAGUUGAUUUGAAGGGUGCGACUGUCUUGUCGGAUACAACAGAGAAGGCUGUGCUCAAUCCCAUUCAGACCCCUGUGUACUGGAAAGUUUUGGUGGAGGAGGAUGAGACCGUUGCUUUCUCAGGAGGACCAGUGGUCCUCCCCAGCCUGGUUGGACAAGAAAAAUUAGUAUUUGUCCCAAACUCUGAGCAUAAAGAUACAUUCCCAGGCAGGAGCAUGAACAGGAAGGAAACUGAAAAUUCUCAGCAAGGAAGCCCUGAGCGACAAGGCCCAUCUGUGAUACGAUCAGGAGAACCCCAGGACACUGUCCCCUUGAGUCCUGGUGUUUCCCUGAGUCCUGGAGUGAUGUGGCCUCAAAUGAGUGACCAAGGGAUGAAGCAGGGAGUGCCGACUCUGCAUGGUAUGAUCCAGGAGUUUGCAGAAGGAAUCGCAGAUCCACCACAAGAGAAAAAACUCCGUCGCGGGUCCAGAACUUGCUCCUCAAACAUCGCUCAGCACAGGCAGGAAAGACUUUACCAGUGCUUUGAGUGCGAGAAAACCUUCUGUGGGAUACAUGCCCUUGCUGGCCACCAGAGAAUCCACAAGACCAAGAUGGAACCCAGAGGCAAGAAGCAACUGCUUGCCAGGGCAUCUCUCACCAAAGGAAAUGAGGGGCUAAGUAAGUUCAGGGUGGAGACUCCUCAGCAGGAAAGGAAUGAGAGAGAGAGUAUAUCUAAUGGAAGGAUAGCAGAAUUUCCUCAAAGUAAGAUGACAUCAGAACCAGAAUGGGAACCUGAAGGGCAGCAGGGAAAGAAGACAGUGAAGACACAAAAGGAGCCCAUCAAGCUCUUAGAAGGCCGCAAGCCCCAAAAGGAAACUGUGGCACACAUGUGGGUGAAAAAAUUGUCGUACUCCUCCCAGCCUGGGAAUGUGUGCCCCAGCACACCAGGAUUUGUAAUCCAGGAAACUCCUCCUACAGAGAAGGCACCCUAUCAAUGUCCCUCAUGUGGCAAAAGCUUAAUGAACAAGGUCCGCCUUGAAGAUCAUCAUAGGGUCCAUAUAGGAGAUGCCUUAUGGAUGCCCACAGUGUGGGGGAAAGUUUCACUGGAGAAACUGUGUGUUCAAACAUUUGUGGAUCCAUAGAAAAUGUUCACAUGUACUGAGUGUGGCAGAAGCUUUCGUUGGAAAACCGGGUUGAGAACACACUGGGAGACUUGUACAAGGAAUUGUUCUAAACUAAUCUUGAUUUAGUUUGAAACUGGACCAUGCAGGCAAAGGUAUAGGGCCGUGCAAGCACUGACUAUCUUUGGUGAUGGCUGUGACCCCUUUUUGGCCUGGCCACAUUUUUCCUGCCCCAGUGUCUGACCUGAUAUCAUGCAUGGUAUCGGGUGUAGGGCCGACGGGCAUGGCUGUGCCAAAAUGGCCCUGUGAGCCAAAUCAGGGAGGUCUGAUGGGCCUAAAUUGGCCCAUGGCCUGGUGGCUCCCUACUCCUGCUUUAGAGAGUGUUUCAUUGACCAUCAGAGAAUCCACACAGGAAAGAAAGCCUAUGGAUGCUUUGAGUGAGGAAAAAGCUUAUAGUGAGAAGUUGUCGAUAUUAAACUUCUGACUGUAAAAUUUGAUGAAUGAAGGAGAGAUAGAGAGCACCACUUGUUUCCCCAACACCACUCUGUCAUUUCCUCCCUAUCUGAAUCUGACUUCACUUGUUGCAACGGUGAGAGUGAUGGGUUGCUUGGGUGUGGAGGCUUGUAAUCUGAAAAGCCUGUGCUUCUAUAUGAAGACACAUUGCUUUUCGCCCAUUUUCUCUCUCUUCCUGGUUGUUUCCUUGAAGAAUGUUUUGAAGAACUUUCCUGGAACUGUUGAUGAACAAAUCCAGAGGAACAGUCAUGUGAAUCACCAGAGAGCAAAGGAGAAUGUUGCUUGUUCUGAUGUAAAAAGAAGCUUAAUGCUGUACGAUUGCAUCUUGUACAAGGGCUACAUUCUGGGGAUGGGGCCUGUAUACAAAAACACACAUAUGCAAACCACCCUCUUGAAACUGCCCCUGUGAGACCAUCCUUACCUUCCAAGGAAGGGCAGAGAGCUUUUAAGCUCUCCAGCUUGCUUACCAGCCCAGUGAGUAAGCUUGGGGAUCCCAUGGGUCUGUCUGAGUUCCUGCAAGAGCCUCCCAGAGCCUGGUAAGCAAGACAACGCUUAAAAGUUUUUUCAUGCCAGGAAAGCACGGCACAGAACAAGCUUUUAAGCUCUUCUCUUCACAUGCAGUUAAUUUUGUUCAAUUUCAACUGGAUGGAUUUCAACUGCACAAGGCUGAAAUCCUCCAAUUUAAUUGUGAGCAAGAUGCAUAUGGUACUGUAAUUGACAUUUGAAUCUAUGCAUAGUCAAUCUGGCAUAAUUCAAAUAGUGUGGGACUCCGCAACUGUCAUCAGCCACAGCCAACCAAUAUGGCCCAGUGGGCAGGGAUGAUUAAAGUUGUAGUUCAGCAAAAAGUGGAAGGCGCCACUUUGGCUAUCCCUGCUCUAACCAAGUAGGAAAUUAGACCUUGUUACACACCCAGAAGAGUCAAUAGAGAGACCCUAUAUACCCUGUUCUGAUACAUGUGCAGAUAGAUAUGCAAAGGUAUGUAUGCCCUGUUAAAAUGUGGCAGCUGGGGGGCAAGGAGGAAUUGUUGAAUUACUUUUUGUCUAUUAAAAAUGGCUUUGAAGUUUCAGAAUCAGUGGAGUGACUUCUUUUACUUAACCUCUUGUACUUACAAGCUAAUUCUUAAGCCCCACUGAUCUUAAUGUGACUUAUUUUUCAGUAAACACAUGCUUAGGUUUGCAAUCCAAGGUGCCGGUUUUUACUAGUUAAGCCUUAAAAUGUUCUAGCUCUUAGUUAGGAUGCCCAUAUGAAACUCUGCCAAAUCAAUCUCUACAAAACAACAAGUGAGACCUUUUCAACUUCUAUAAGUCAGACUGGUCUCAGCAACAAGCAGGAACUUUUCUGUUUUGGCCCCCAGGAUCUGUGGUGCUCUUUGAAAGUUGUUCUGUUUAUUCCCGAAAGAUUUUGGCAAAUUGACACACACACACACACACACACACACCCCCGCCAACCCUGCUGCACUGCCUUUCUGUUGCUACUGAUAUAGUUUUAAAGCUGGGAUUAUCAAAUUUUAAACCCACAGGCCCCUUUUGAGAUGGCUGAAAAUUACUGAGGGUCACAAGUCACAUUUCCCUGAGAGUCUUUCUUCCAAAUAUUAUCAAUGAAGCAAGCACCUUGCCCAGCUUUCCAAAUUCUGGGGAUCCUUAGAUGUUUAUUGGAGGAGCUGGGAUUCUCAGUGGCAGAAUCAGUAGUGAGUUUUUUGACAGCUAAGUAUGUACGUCAGAGCCUGGGAGCCUGGAGAGAAGUAGAAGUUGGCAACUCAGGUAGACAGGAAGAAGCCAACCCUGUUUUCCCUUUUGUGUCUCUGGUUAGCCAUGCCUCUGCUUCUCCUGAGCUGCCUCCUUUUGGGAUUCUUCCCAUUAAUAACUGCCUCUUUCCCCUCAGCCAUUUUCAUUCAUUUCAUGUUUUGUAUACCUAGGCCACUUUUCACUCACACGAGUCACAAAGUGACUCACAAGCAAUAACAUAAUUUGUUGUUGUUUAGUCGUUUAGUCAUGUCCGACUCUUCGUGACCCCAUGGACCAGAGCACGCCAGGCAUU